CAUCAGAGAUGUCGCUCAUCAAGCCGCUCUGUUCUUUUAUCUUUUACCCAAGUUACUUUCUUUUCUUUUGCUCCCAUUGGAUUUUUUCUAGGUCAGACAUUCCAAGUAACGUCACAGGAAGCUACAAAGCUGAGUCUGGCGUUCUCAAGGCCUCCGCUACCUUCUGCAGAGGAUUGCAGGAAGCUGAGUGAAGAUGUCCAAAAUGCCAUUCUUGCAGUUGCCACAGUAUACUACUGGCUCCCCAAGGGCCAAGGUACUACUCUCCGGAAGAUGGUACGAGAUGCUACCACUGAAGUAGUGGAAGGGAUGAUCCAGCUCACAGACACAAUUCUCAAUGCUCCAGUGGAGAGCUUGUCUCAGGAACAGCUUAUAUCCACUGGAGGUGUGUGGGAGGCAUGUGAACAAGUGUCCAACCUGCCACGAGAUAACCAGGCAGCAGUUGCAUCAGCUCUGACUGCGUGUCUGGGUGUGGUCAAGGACGCUGUGGAGGAGAUGGAACAUGCACUGGUGGAAGGGCAGGAUCCCUAUGGUGACAUCAUGGAAGAUGAGGAGCUGGGCUUUCGGGGCAACAGAGACACAUAUUGGUCAGAAGGUGACCGGCAGCUGCUGAGCUCCUGCAUGGGGUUAAUGAAGGCUUCCAAAGCUUGCCUGAAGAAGGUCCUGGGUGCAGUGAAGGCCUAUGGCAAAGCUGAUUCUCCAGAGCAGAUUGCUCAGCUGGAUGACCUUGCAGACAUUGCUAAUGAGAUCAGUCCAAGUGUUGAUGAGCUGGCACUGAGCAUGUACCCACCUGUGAACCCUCUGGCUGUGCGACUUAAUGCUGCUAAGUUGGCCUCAGUGUUAAAGAAGGUCUUAGAGAUUGCAAAGACAAGCCAUGUGUGUCCACCAUCAGAGGAAGGCUGGGUGCAGUUUCUAGAUGGUGCAGUAGAUCACAACAUGAACAAAAUCAAGAACUUCACGCAGGGUCAACUCUAGCUCUCCUGUGCCUACGUGUGUUGCUGCCACUGGCUCUGGCAUGUGCUUUUCCAGUGAAUCUUGCUGUUCUUCAGCUGCUUGGAGAAUGAUGAGAACAAUGUUUCUAGGAGAGAACCUUACUGCCACUUGGAAAAACUUUUCCAGGAAGUUGCUCUUUGCCAUUGCAGAAGUUGUCAUUUUACUUGGAUUCUUGGGAUGAUGCAGUGCUGCAUCUUAACCUGCCCCAUUCUUCAGACAUUACAACUACUGUGGGGUUCAAAGAACAAUAAAAUAUUGCUAGAUUUGCAUUAGUUGCUUUAUCUGUCUUCAGGUGGCAGAGGAUAUAUACCGAAGGAAGGGGUCUUGCUUCUUUUGCAAGCAGCCCAAUGAACCAUUAUAAAAUAUGCUGCACUGUUGCUGUUUCCUGUUUAACCUUAGAGAGCAAUGAACAGCUUUCUAUUAUUUAUUUCCUCAGAAAGCAGCAGAAAAUACUGUUUACUACUUUAUUAAUAUCAAGGAUCUGUAGGGGGAGAGGGGUGUAUCUCUAGAGAAUUGCUACAUGUAUCAUCACUUUAAAGUUCCAGGAUAUCCUUUUGUUUUCACAGGGAGGGAAAAUGCCUCAGCAGUGGUGGGUUCAGCACAUGUGUGUGGUGAGAAAUGUCUGCUUGAGCCUUCAGCCCAUCUUUGUCACAGUAAGGUUCAACUUCUGAAACUGGAGAGUGGACAUAGUGCCAGAUGGGAGAGAGUUGAAUUUAUACAAAUAAUCAAAAUCAGACAUGGUUUUAAACUUAACUUUUAUUAAACUGUUAACAUCUGUGCUUGCCUAAGAUCAGGGCACAGAUCAUGACCACUCUUUUGUAAGCAGGACCUGUUCCAAGCUGGGCCUCAGGCAGCUGCAAUGUCAGUAGUUCUGUAGCUCUUCAGGCUCUGGAGUUGAGGGCAGGUAAGUUGUGCAGUGAGUCUCCUGGGCCCUGCUUGGAUGGGGGUGAAUGGGAUUUGCAGCUCUUGAGUGCUUUUAGCUUGCACAGAUCCCAACCUGAAAGGUGAGAAGGGAUUAUACAGGAAUCACACCUCUCUGUAUUUCUGGUUCCCUGGGCCUAGGAGAUGCAUUUGGUAGACAGGAGUGUGGUGCCAAAAGUAAAAAGAAAGGAGAAAAAGAAAUAGAAGAAAGCUAGCAGUUAUCUAAACUACCACAAUGGAAUUGUCAUCUGACAGUAGUUUGGGCAGGAGGUAGGACAGGAAAGUUGAAACUCCCCAUGGAGCCAUCUAAGGUGACUUUGUCCUAAUGCAGCUUCUUCAGAUAAAUGUGGGGUGUUUGUCCUGUGCAGGAGAGCACACCUUUUUGGAUGACUCUUGGUUAAGUCACAUUUGCCUGGUUCUUCAGUUGGGAAGGGGAAGACACCACUACAAUUGUACCCAGGGACUGUCUUUAUUGCUUACAGUGGGAAAUGGGUGGAAAGAUAUGUCACAAACAGUAUAGUUUUAUUCCACUUAAGCAUGUUCAAGUGGCUCACUAAAAAGUAAUUGAUUUCUCAACAGCAAAUUUCUGAACUUCAUGGCUCAUUUCAGUGACCUCUAGCUUGUCUUAUUUAAUGUGAGUUUCUGACUAAGUCUUGUGGUAUUUCUCUUGUUAUCCUUUUGUUGGCAGGAAGCUUUUCCUUUUGUUGUCUAGGCCUUUGUGGUUGAAGCUUUCACAGAUGCCAUAUUGGCUUCAACUUAUGCGUUACACAUUUGUUGGAAGUUCUGUUAGCUUCUCCUUUUGAGUGUGAAAAUCUUCUGUAUUGUAUGUAAAUAAAGGACAGAAUGCCUGGGGCUUUCAUGCUAAA